AUGAAAGAGGUAUCUAUAUCACUGGAAUUGGAAAGUAGGCAGCAGGACGAAUUGAAUAGCAUUGAGUCAAUAUAUGGCGACAUCUUCAAAGACAUCACACCAAAGGAGCUAAUAUGGAAUAAGAAGCCCAACCCUCAUUUCCAGGUGUUUCUUUCAUCAUCGGAGAAUACUGACAAUCCAACAGUGUCGAUCACUUUAGACAUAGAGUUCACGCCUACAUAUCCAUUGUCAUCACCAAAAGUCAAGUUCCUCAACCCGCAAAAUCUACUAAGGGCCCACGUAGCUCGAUUAAAGCAAAAGUCCGAAGAGCUAAUCAAGGAGUACAAACAUGAGGAAGUUUCAUUCGCCAUUAUAUCAGAACUGAAGUUUAUCUUAGAUGACAUUCAGGCUGUUACGAUGAAAGUGCUAUCUUUAGAAGAGGAGAGGGAGGAAAGACUCCGAAACGAACGCAAGGCGUUGGAAGAACUUGAAGCGAAACAGCAACAGGAGCUAGAGUCUGCCUCUUUAAAAAGAAGCGCAGAGCUCAGUAAACAGAUACAGCAAAUCAAGACUGAAUUGGACGAAGAAGUUGAGGAGGAGGAGGAGGAGGAGGAAGUUGAGGUGGCACCAAUACCCAAUGAUAAGGAUAAUUAUUUCAUAUUCGAUAACGAGUUGGAAGAUUAUUUGCCUCACACCAGACGAAGGUAUCGGUUCAAAGCAGUUCAAGGGUUUAUUAGAUAUACCAAGAGAAGUUUGUUCAGCUCAAUUGGUAAACAAUUCAUUGUAAAACCCUAUGUGAGUGAUCAUAUUAGAGCCGAAGCGGACAAACAGGGCCAUGAACUCAAUUAUCUCCUAACUGAAAUUGAUCUCAACAACCAGUAUUGGCAACAAGAUGCAGGCAAGAGUGAAGUUCAAGACUUGGAAAAAGAGUUGCAAUCUUGUGUCAACUUGAAUAAUCCCCACAUUGUCAAAUUGAUUGGAUUUCAAAUAGAUAAGCAAAAUGGAUGGAAAGUCCGCUUACUAACAGAGUUUUCUUUUGUUUCGGAGUCGUUGUUUGAAAUAAUGCCAUCAAAGGGGCAUCUCAGUUUAGCAAUAGCGAGAAUAUGGCUCAUGGACUUGAUCCCUGUCUUGGAACAAUUGCACAAUUCUGGUCUUAUUCAUAAGCAAAUCAACCCAUUCACAAUCUUUCUACUUGAGCAAGAUCGUGCAAUUCAAGGCAAUGCAUUCACAGAUUCAUCCACUGCCAAUUCUUUUGGCAAUGAAAAUGGGAGAAUAAUAAAGUUGGCACACCCUUCCUAUGGCUAUAGACUCUUAAGGAUGGUGGAGACGCAUCCAAAUGCUGGAAGCGAUAAAUUUCGUAAAGAUAGAAACAGAAACCCAGACUCAUGGACCCCUCCUGAAGUCAAGCAAACGGGAAUUUAUAACCAAAAGUCAGAUGUCUGGGACUUGGGUGUACUAGUCCUACGACUUGUGAUUGGAAAAGAUGCCUUGGUAAAAGAGUUCCCCACCCCAGAUGAAUUCUUUAAAAAGUUUUUCGAAAAAGCAAAGUUUGACGGUGGUGAAUACGGUGAGCAGAUCUAUGACUUGUUGACAAAGUUGUUGCAACCAAAGUAUUCGAAAAGACCUACACUUUUGGAACUAAAUGCGGUGAAGUUUUUGCGAGAUGGGCCUGUUUUGAAAAAGCAAAGUAAUUAUGGAUUUCUGGGAACGGACAAUGUCGCAAAUAACAGAGUGACAAGAUACGACUCGGUCCGAGUACCCGGUGAUGUUCGCGGCUCUCAAGUUUACAACAGUUCGGGGGUCUCCCUUGGUCUGGAAUCUAGAGGCAACAGUCGGUACGAAAGAGAUUUUGAAGAAAUUGGUAGACUUGGUAAAGGAGGUUUUGGUGAUGUAGUGAAAGCCAGAAACCGGAUGGAGGGUACUUUCUACGCAAUAAAAAAGAUCAAGCACAGAGCAAACAAACUUGAUUCGUUGUUGAGUGAGGUUUUAUCUUUGGCUCGGCUAAACCAUCAGUACAUUGUGAGGUAUUAUGGAACUUGGGUUGAGGAGUUGGGUGAAAAUACCAAAGCCCAAGACGAAGGCAAAAUUGUGCCCGUGCCCAUUUCUGAAGUAGAUUCCGGAUCCAGUGAUGAGGUGUCUGAGACUGAAGAUGAAUCUGAUUUGAGCUACAUUAAUCGAUCAUCAUCAUUAUUGGCGCAUCGCACUAGCUCAUUUCAAGUGGAUUACAUAUCAAACUCAUUCGAUCCCAGAAUUGACUUUGACGAUGGCUCUUUACAACCACAUAGUAAUACUUCGGAAGAUGUUUUUGAAUUUGCGCACUCGACUGAGGCAGAGUCCAUAAGCCAGGAAAGUGCCAGCAUUUCUAGCGAGCGGGGUCAUUGGCCGCAAGGGGCGAGCACGGUUUCAACUGAGAAAAAAGCGACUCAAACCGUGUAUCCCAGAUCAAUCCUCUACAUACAGAUGGAGUUUUGUGAAAAUAAUACAUUGUUGAACCUUAUAGAACAAGGACUUCCCAAUAAUCCUAAUGAAUACUGGAGACUAUUUCGACAGUUGUUGGAGGCAGUUUCAUACAUUCACAGCGAAGGUUUUAUCCAUAGGGACUUGAAACCCAUGAACAUUUUCAUUGACAAAUCUAACAAUAUAAAGGUUGGAGAUUUUGGGUUGGCAAAGAAUUCGCAGUUCUUAUCAGCGGUCCCUAUCACUGAACAAAUAUCCGAAAAAGUUGAUGCUGUAACCAGUAAGAAUGGUGACUUAUCAACUGUGGUGGGGACCGUUUUCUAUACUGCACCAGAGGUGUCCUCAGGGCAUUACGAUGAAAAAGUUGACUUGUUUUCAUUGGGUGUGAUAUUCUUUGAAAUGUGCUAUUCCUUAUCAACGGGUAUGGAAAGGGCUUUAACUCUCAAUAAGUUGAGACAGCGUGAAUACCCUGAGAAUUGGAAAAGCGGACAGGAAAAACAAAUUGUUCAUCAGUUACUAGAUCCAAAUCCAAAAGCGAGGCCUGGAGCUACUGAGCUUUUACAGAGUGGCCAAUUGCCAGUCGAGCAUCAGGAUCAGGUGAUCCGAGAGGCUUUGAAGUCUUUGGCUGAUCCGGCGUCGCCGUGGCAGCAACAAGUGCGAGAAGCAUUAUUCAAUCAGCAGUAUUCAUUGGCGAAGGAUUUGUUAUUUGACAGUAACAGAGAGACCACAAGUAGCUCAGCCAGUGACUAUCUUUUAUUCAACAAAAUCGUGCAAGAGAUAACGAAUCUUUUCCACAGGCAUGGUGCCGUUGAAAAUCAAAACAUUAAUUUGAUAUUGCCUCGCGUGCCAACUCAACCAAAGAACCAAGUGUAUGAAUUUCUUGAUAGGGGCGGUUCAGUAGUAACUCUACCUUACGACUUGGUAGUACCUGUUGCACGAUUUGUUAGCAAAAACGAGGUCAACGUACCCAAAUUCUAUCGUCAUGAUUUCGUUUAUCGGCCUAGUUUGCGAGGGAUAGGAAUGCCUGAAAAGUACAGUGCAAUGAAUUUCAAUAUUAGUAGUAACUCAGAUCGAGAAGUUGUUGCCAAUGAUGCUGAGUGUUUGAAAAUUGCUGACGAAGUGUUGCAUUUGGCACCCCAAAUCCCUGCUCGCAAAAUCAUUUUCAUCAAUCAUUACGAUAUUCUUGAUGCUGUUGUGUCCUUUGUGUUUGGAAACACCAAAUUGGAUGAACAAGUCAAAUGGGGGGUCUUUGCAGUUUUAUCGCAAUUGGGAAUUGAUAAAUCGGUUGAUGAUGUCAAAAAGUACCUUCGGGAGGAGUUUCAAGUACCACGCACUGUUAUUGAGGAUCUUUUACUGAACUUUAAUUUCACUUGCUCUUUGCACGAAGCUAGGCAGAAGUUGCAAAAAUUAAUGAUUGAUUCUACACAGUUGAUGAAAGUGGAGAAGUCAUUUGCCUUUCUAUCCAAGGUCCAAGGAAUCCUCAAUCAGUUUGGGAAGAAGUCGGAGAUUUUAUUCAAUCCGUUGUACAAUUACGAUAACCGGUACUAUCGCCAUGGAAUAAUGUUUCAAGCCGUCUUUAAAGGUGACAAGUCGAAAAGGUAUAGCCGUCUCAUCACUGGAGGCAGAUUCGAUGCUUUGGUUAGGUCCUUCACUGACGUCUCCGUCACUGGUUCCCAUUCAUUCAAACCUAACAAGUUGCAUUGUGUGGGCUUCACGUUGUCGACAUCGUUUUUGUUUGCAUUGAUGAAAAGUAUCAUAUCACGAAAGUUUGUCAAAAAUGAUUUCACAAAAUGGAAAGGAAGUCGUUGCGAUGUCUUGGUGAGCUCCACGCAACAAGAGUUUGUUGAUUUGUGUGGAUACGAAAUCUUGGGCAAAUUGUGGCUGAAUGGUAUCAGUGCCGAUCUUGUUGCCGCUAGAUCUCUAGAUGACUUGCUACAUGAGGCCUCAGUGAUUGGUGCUUCCUGGAUAGUGUUGGUAAGACAGGGUCAACAACUUGCAAGAAAAGCGAGAAAGUCCUCAAACUUCAAGCCGCUCAAGGUGAAGAAUGUGGUUUCGGGUAAGGAUGUCGAUUUAGACAGCUACGACGAGUUAGUUCAUUACUUGAGGGAAGAGCUAGGAAGUAAUGAGGAUGAGAUCGAAGAAGAGGCCACUUCGGAAGCCAAACAAUCUGAUUUUGAUACUCUGCCCAUUGAGCAAUUGGAUGCAAUCGAUUUGAAUCAAAAAAUCAUAGUGGUUAAUAACGAAGCGCCACGUGGUAGAAAGAAUAACAAGAGGGAGAAAUGGGAAGUAGAGACAAAUGCUAAAACAGUGGGCUCUCAGGUUGUGCAAAAGUUAGCUCAGGGUCCCGUACUUACUUUCGACAUUCGAGACGAAGUCGUUGAUAUGAUUGGCAUAACUUCAAUUCAUCAACAAGAAGAAUGGGUAAGAAAAGUACUCUUUAGCUCAAACAAUUUACCAAAGAGUUUUGCCAUGAACAUCUACAGUAGUUUGGUCAAAGAAGCUUCCAAAGGACACAGCUGGUGCAUUUUAGUUGCAUCAAGAACGUCCCAUUCGGCAAUAGUUGAUUUGAGAAGGUGA